UAUAAAUACAGCCAUUAUCUCCCAUUUUAAUUUUUCUCUUUAAUUGUCUUUCCCUUUUUUUUUUCUUAAAAAAAUGCUCCAAACACUUGAUUUACCAGUGCUUUCGUUAGACAUUCCUAAUAUCCAGAAAUUAAAUACGAUCAAUGCAGACGAUUUGUCUUGCAUGUGGACAGUAUUUUCUAAAUGUAAAGAUAGUUUGGAAAAUGGCAGACGAUUGGAGAAUAUGAGCUGGCGACUUUGGUAUCGUGAAUCUUCCUUGAAAGAAUCCGAGAGAACCGCAGCAUCCACUUGUCCCAUCCCUAUUCAACAAUCAAAAAACGAAGCCGAUAAGCACCUAUCUUCAACAUCAUUCAAACGCAUUAUUUCGUCAUUGAAUGAAAACAAGAUUAUCGCCCAACCUACGAAGUCUUGCCUUAAUAAUGAAAACCAAACUUUAAUUCAAUUUGAAAAGCCUACACCAUCAGCAUCAACAUCAACAUCAGCACCAGUACCAGCAGCAUCAUCAUCAGCAUUAGCACCAUCAACAGCACCAGCAUUGAAUCCUAUUAAAAAAGUGAAUUCUUCUAUCAAUAAUCCCCAAAAGGCUCAACCUACCAUUAAAACUUGUCAUUCGGCUAUGAAUGUUACUUCUGCCGCUAGAGUUUCACAAUCAUCUGGCCAAAAUGCAUCAACUAUUAAAACAAACAACGCUCAGCCUACCAAUACACCUAAUAAACAUCAGGUAGUCAAGAAGCCACAAGAGGAACGAAGCAAGUUCUUUAUCAAGGAAGAGGAGGAACAAGGAUGGUCAUCCGAUGACGAGGAUGAAGAUGCUACACCCAAAAACAGUAUUGACUUUGUAGAAACCAACGUGGAGAUUAAUAAUGAUGCUGAUCACGAUGAAAUCGCCUUUCUAUCAGAAUUCAGAAAAAGAUCCCCACCCCCAAUUAGUACUAUCGCCAAACGUUCUAUUUUGUCAAAUAUGCUUCAAAAUGAAACUAACACCCGAUUGGCCCAUCCUAAUCUUGUUGCACAAAGAUAUCAACAACACGAACAAUUAUCAACGAGCUUGAGAGCAUGUUUACGAAGAGAACGACAACCCUUAUACUAUGGUUUUUCGCAUGAUCCAAGUAUCAAAUCAUGUUCUGAUGGUCUCGAGAAUACCUUUUACGGUUAUUGGUGAACUUUGCUUCCCUCUUUAUUCUCUAUACCCUUGUCCUUAUGUAAAUAAUAAGCCUCCAAAGGCAGUAAUAAUAUUCUCACACUACCAAUUGUACAACAAAUUACUCAUAUUCCUGCAUCAAUAAAACUUAACUUAAUUUGUUGUUUUUCUAUAUAUUUU